GCGGACACAAAAGGACGAGACUUUAAUUCCCGGAGGGAAGACCAAGCAAGCGGACCUCUAACCUCCCGGAAGUGACGAUACAGGGGCGAGCGGCGCCGCAGUCAGGCCUUCCCGAGCGGGGCCUGUCCGAGCGGACCGCGCGCAGCAUGGCGGAAGCGGAAGCGGAAGGGAGUUCUCCGCUCCUGUCGCAGCCGCCGCCGCCGCCCCCUCCUCGGAUGGCGGAAGUAGAAACGCCGACGGCGGCCGAGACGGACAUGAAGCAGUACCACGGGUCCGGUGGCGUCGCCAUGGACGUGGAGCGGAGCCGCUUCCCCUACUGCGUGGUGUGGACUCCCAUCCCGGUGCUCACGUGGUUUUUCCCCAUCAUUGGCCACAUGGGCAUCUGCACAUCUACUGGAGUCAUUCGGGACUUCGCUGGACCCUAUUUUGUUUCGGAAGACAACAUGGCCUUUGGAAAGCCUGCCAAGUUCUGGAAAUUGGACCCCGCACAGGUAUAUGCUAGUGGGCCCAACGCAUGGGACACAGCUGUGCACGAUGCCUCUGAAGAAUACAAGCACCGGAUGCAUAAUCUCUGCUGUGACAACUGCCACUCACACGUUGCAUUGGCCCUGAACCUGAUGCGAUAUAACAAUAGCACAAACUGGAACAUGGUGACACUCUGCUUCUUUUGCCUGACUUACGGGAAGUACGUCAGUGUUGGAGCCUUUGUGAAGACCUGGCUGCCCUUUGUCCUUCUGCUGGGUAUCAUCCUGACCGUCAGUCUCAUCUUCAACCUGCGGUGAUGGUCCAAGCUCACCAGCCCCCAAGGAGGCCCCACCACCCACUCUGGUCCUGGUUCUUUUACCCCUGCCCCCUACCCCCUCAGGCAGUUGGCUUCCUGGGUUGGAAGUAGGGUCAGGGCUCAGGAUGGAUGUAAAGUCAAGUGUGAGAUGGGGCCACUUAGAGCCUCCUUGUCUUCUCUCCCUGGGCUUGUGACGUCCCUUUGUGGCAUCCCCAUUGCUGUCCUGGGAAGGCCUUUGGAGCACUUCCUGCCACUACCACUGGGCUGUUUCUGCCUUGCCCAGGACACAGUGAGGACAUGGACACACUGGGCAAAGCAGUGUUCAGAGCUGGAUUUGAAGCUGCUUUCUGAGUGGUAGUUGUGUCCUGAAAUGGGUUGUGGUGUUCCAAGAAAUGCUAUGAACCAAGUGCUAGCGUAGAAUGGACUGGAAGGUCUGGCUAAGUUCUUCUGUGUCUGCUAGAGUUGUGCUAGCAUAGUGUAUACCCCAUUGCCCCUCAUCUGAGCCCUGGCAAGCAAGGUGAAUGGCCUUAUAUGCAGACUGGGUCCCCAGUAAAUCAGAUAAGGUAAACCCCACUUAUUUCCAGCUCAUUGACUCCUCAUGCUGGUGAUAGAACCCCUUAUGUAUAAAGUGUGAGAACCCAUCAAAGCAGCUGGUGGGACCAUGGGUCAGCUGGGUCUACUUCUGGUUGCUACAAUGAACCCUGUGUAGCCUGCCUCACCCCCUGCUCCUUUAUAAGGGGCUCCCUGGCAGGAAAUAAAGUUUCAAGUUCA